CCUUUUCUCAUCCCCUAGACCAUGUCAGUCUUGACUCGAUCAAUCAUCAACCAAUCCAGUUAGCGAGGUAUUAGAAAACGCUAGAAUACCCUCCGUAUUCGGUAUUCUGUAUUGGCUGGUGUUAGGAACAUUAGGAACUAAGCCACCCUUAUUUCGAUCCGUUAGAGAGGGUCCUGUUCCUGCAUGACAAUACCGUGCGCGAAUUGUGGCAGUCGGACCAUCGGUCUUCCCGCACUCAUUGUGUCAUCGUUCGCUUUUGGCUGCCUGGUGAUACGUGGAACGGUACAGUAAAGUACUGUAGUCGCUAUCGCCCUACACAGCCUUCCUUACCGAUGUCUCGGACUUUGCCCCCGUAACCCGUAAUCCCAUAUAAGACAAGGCGUGGCCGGCUUUGCCACUUCUCCGGUAUGCUCAAGAAUCCAACUUCCGCCUUUGCCCAGUCGAGGAAGCUUGUCACCACUGUUGCGCGAAUACAGCACGCGGAUAACAUCAAUCCUUCACACAAGACUAACACAUCCACCGAAGAACCUCUUCCCGUGCCAUCUAGUAUACCUAUCGGGAAACCACCGCGAUCACGACGACCAAUGUUAGCCCCGAGGAGAGCCAGAGAUCAAUCGCAAGACGGGAAACCGGCUGCUAAACCGCCUAGUGCGGGAAUGUUCCCACUAGGUUACAAGGAAGCCGUAUACCAAUGGUGGAAUAGUGUCUCCCCUACCAUAGCUGAACGGAACGUGAUAUCAUGCAUCCCAUAUCUCCGAGAAGCCGUCGCAUUGUCGACAAGCUCUAGCGCGGAUGUGCCGUCGGCAGAGCAUCCCGGCCAGACUGAAACGUCGACGAAGAUCGAUCCCUACGGACCAAGAGUAUGGAAAUCCACGAUGGUCACUUUGUCGGGCAAGAAUAGAGCCUUGAACGAAUUCUCUGUGGAGCGUGUCGGAGAACCAGUUGACGAUACACUAGUUAUGCUCCAUGGAUACGGGGCCGGACUGGGAUUUUAUUACAAGAACUUCGAGAGCCUAAGUCGCUCUCAGGGCUGGAAACUCUAUGCCUUGGAUUGGCUAGGAAUGGGUAACUCCAGCAGGCCACCAUUCAGGAUCUGCGCAAAAGAUCAGGCGGCGAAGAUCACAGAAGCAGAGAACUGGUUCAUAGAUGCCCUAGAGGAAUGGCGGAAGAUUCGAAAAAUUGAGAAGUUUACUCUUCUUGGCCAUUCGCUAGGUGGAUACUUGGGGGUAUCUUAUGCGCUCAAAUAUCCAGGUCACAUAAACAAACUUAUUCUCGCUUCUCCAGUCGGGAUACCCGAGGAUCCCUACGCUGUCAACGCUGACAUGCCAGAGCCUACGGAAUCGACGUUCCAAGAUGAAUUCUCCGCCGACCAACAAACAACAACCGAGGGACAUGGAAAUAGGGCUCUUAACGGAAACAAUAAAGGACAAGAACCAGACGCCAAUGCUCCGAAGAAGCGACCAUAUCCUCCGUGGUUAGUCUGGUUAUGGGAUGCUAACGUGUCACCAUUCAGCAUUAUUCGACUAGCAGGACCAUUAGGACCACGAGUCGCUUCGGGCUGGACCUCUCGCCGAUUUAAUCAUCUGACACCAGAGGAAAAAGACACGCUUCACGAUUAUGCAUACUCGAUCUUCAAGCAGAGGGGCAGCGGUGAAUAUGCGUUACCGUAUCUCCUCGCUCCAGGCGCACAUGCUAGGAGUCCCAUCAUCAAUAGAAUCCAGCGCGUGGGUAGACAAGUCAUCACCCCCACAACAGAGUCCUCCCCUGCCGUAAAGGAGCAGGGAUACCCGAUCGUCUUCAUGUACGGCGAGAACGACUGGAUGGACGUAGCGGGCGGUCUAGCAGCUGAAGAGAAGCUCAAGCAGGCCAAACUGAACAUAUUAUUAAACGGCACCGAGGAAGAGAAACGAAAUGACAACGGGAGUGCGAAGGUUGUCAUCGUUAGUAAGGCCGGGCACCACUUAUACCUCGACAACCCCGACGAAUUCAACGAUUACGUCCGUAAAGAGCUAGAAGAUACUCGAAAACAGACGCUGCGAGAAAAGGGGUCGUCCUAGGUACAGUUUUGGUGCUUAUGAGAUGUGGUUUUCGGGAUGCAUUGCCUGGCGUUCCGGUUAGGCCUUAGAUUACAGGACUUGGGGUUGAUUACAGCAUAAAACUAAUGGUUAGGGACAAUGUGCCCCCAUUGCUCCCUAUUCACAAUUUACACUAUACUACCUGCUACCUAUACACUACGUCAUAGUAUAUGUGUAUCCUUAAUAAGGGGGUCAAAGCUCUUCUUAGAGUUGAAGCGAUGUAUAAUUUUUUUAUCUUAUCAGAUGGAUCACGGACUAUCGUAUGUAGUACACACUGUAUGUCUCUAUUCCAGUACAGUGUUUAGUAGUAGGCUGAGCAUCCUAUCUAUUAAACGCCAUUGUCUAUAAUCCUUCAGCUGCAAUGCAUAAAUAACUGUACCUACCUUCCUUAUGAUACUACU